AUGACCUAUAAUGAAGGAUAUGAAAUCCUAGAAAAGAUUUCAGCAAACAAUGGACAUUGGGCCGAUCCACGUGCUCAGUCACAGAAAAAGACUGCGGGGAUACAUGAUGUAGAUGCAUAUACUGCAUUAAUAGCCCAGCUUACCUCCAUGACCAACAUGUUGAAAAAUUUAACUACCGGCCAGGGAGGACAGCAAGCUGCUAAUACACCAGUCCAAACAGUCCUAUCUAUGCAAUGCGUGUGCUGUGGCGGGGAACACUCGUAUGAACACUGUCCUCACAAUACUGAAUCAACUCACCAACAAAGUUUUCAGAAUUCACAACCACCUUUUCAGAAUAAACCUCCUCCACAGUCAGAAUCAUCUUCUUUGGAAACAAUGAUUAAAGGACUCUUUGCACAUGCACAAGCACAAAAUCAAGCUUUAAUAAAUCAACAAAGUGCAGCCAUCAGGAAUUUAGAGACUAAAGUCAGUCAACUUGCGCUUAACCAGAACAAUCGAGCCCUUGGUACCUUACCUAGUAAUACAGAGGUCCCUAGAGACCUAGGUAAGGAACAUGUGAAAGUAGUGACCCUUAGGAGUGGGAAGGAGUUGAAAGAAAAAGUGCCCAAAGAUAGUGCACCAAUUUUGACAGAAGCUGAUGCUACAACAUUGGUUCCUGCCAAAGAAAGACCGGUCCUACCCUUAGAGAAACAGGCAUUGGAGACCACCACUUCUGUCCCCCCUAGAUCAGACUUUCCCUUACUCUUUCCUGAGGAUACCUUAAAGAAGUCAAAAGAAACUGAGGUAUUAGAGACCCCUAAGCUUGAUGCUAACAUUUCAUCUGAACCUCCAAAGGGCACCACAAGGACCCAAGGCAUUCAAGACCCGUCUUGCUCAACUCAUCCAAGCAUAGGAGAAGCUAGACYRAYCACAGUCACACUCCAAUUGGCCAACAAGUCCAUAACAUAUCCUAAGGGGAAAAUUGAAGAUGUUUUGGUACAAGUUGACAAGUUCAUAUUUCCGACGGACUUUAUCAUUCUAGAUUUUGAGGUGGAUAAGGAUAUUCCUAUUAUUUUAGGGAGACCAUUUCUAGCCACCGGAAGAACUUUGAUAGACGUCCAAAAAGGAGAAUUGACUAUGAGACUCCAAGACCAGAAUUGA